CAUGUACUGUUUUAUACUGGACCCCUUCCCUAUAUCCUCCUGUCAUAUUAUAUACACUCCUGUAUAUUCCAUGUACUGUUUUAUACUGGACCCCUCCUCUAUAUCCUCCUUUCAUACUCUAUACACUCCUGUAUACUCCAUGUACUGUUAUAUACUGGACCCCUCCUCUAUAUCCUCCUGUCAUACUAUAUACACUCCUGUAUAUUCCAUGUACUGUUAUAUCCUGGACCCCUCCUCUAUAUCCUCCUUUCAUACUGUAUACACUCCUGUAUACUCCAUGUAAUGUUAUAUACUGGACCCCUUCCCUAUAUCCUCCUGUCAUAUUAUAUACACUCCUGUAUAUUCCAUGUACUGUUAUAUACUGGACCCCUCCUCUAUAUCCUCCUGUCAUACUCUAUACACUCCUGUAUACUCCAUGUACUGUUUUAUACUGGACCCCUCCUCUAUAUCCUCCUUUCAUACUCUGUACACUCCUGUAUACUCCAUGUACUGUUAUAUACUGGACCCCUCCUCUAUAUCCUCCUGUCAUACUAUAUACACUCCUGUAUAUUCCAUGUACUGUUAUAUACUGGACCCCUCCUCUAUAUCCUCCUGUCAUACUAUAUACACUCCUGUAUAUUCCAUGUACUGUUAUAUACUGGACCCCUCCUCUAUAUCCUCCUGUCAUACUAUAUACACUCCUGUAUACUCCAUGUACUGUUAUAUACUGGACCCCUCCUCUAUAUUAUUUAAUUGCAUUCAUUAUUUUUUGUGUGUUUUUCGCCCUCAGUUCAUGCGAUGUCACGGGAAUAAGAAGGCCAGAGAUGAAUAUGAAGCCGUUGUGCCUCCAUUUUAUUACAAACCUACUGAAAAGGACUGCAGGGUGUUGAGGGAACAAUGGAUCCGAGCAAAAUACGAGCGGCGAGAGUUCAUAUCCAAUAAAAAGUCCCUGUACGCAGUCGACUAUAAAGAAGGCUUCCUGUGGAAGAAAGGGCGAGACAAUGGGCAGUUUUUAAAGAGACUGUUCAUCUUCUCCGAGAGCGAGGGCUUGCUGAAGUAUUACACUAAAGAGAAACGUUUUGAACCAAAGGGGACAUUUGCUAUUAAGAGUCUGAAUGCCAUGUUCCAAUGUGAGAAGAUGAAGCAUGAGCAUGGGCUGGAGAUCACGUGUGUGCACGGCGGGCGGACCAGAAGUGUAUACGUGUAUCAUGAGGACGGGGCGGAGAUUGUCACCUGGUAUAAUGUCCUCCGCUCAGCACGCUUCCGCUACCUCAAGAAGGCAUUUCCAGAUGUUCCGGAGCAGGAGUUAAUACCGAAGAUCACCCGCAGUUACACCAAAUGUGGAUACAUGGAGAAGACCGGACCCACUAAAGAACCCUUCAAGAAACGGUGGUUCAACCUGGACUCAGAGGAGAGGAAGCUGCUGUACUACAAGAAACCGCUGGACCCCUAUGAACAGGGCAGGGUCUUCAUUGGGAGCAGCGAGGCCGGGUACCAGGUAACGGGGGAUUUGCCAAGUGGAAUGAGAGGGAAGAAGUGGGAGGCGGGAAUCACCAUCCGGACACCGCAGCGGGAAUUCAUCUUCACCUGUGAGAACAUCAAGGAGCAGAAGGAGUGGCUGCAGGAGCUGCGAGAGGUCGCGUCCCGACCAAUGAGCGCUCACGACACAGCAGAGGAGGCCGCAUUCCGGAAAGCAGCUCAGAACUGAGGCCCCCGGAACCCACAGAGGAAAGCGCUGGCAGGUGAAGCAGGAUGGGCCGUCGCCUGCAUCCGAUGGGAGGAGACGCCGAGAACAAGAACCUGGAGAGAAGACCCCACGACUGCCCCCCACAGCAGCGGACAACAACCCCCAUCUUCUAAUAAAGAUGAUGACACCGAGAGCAGAUGGCAUAAGGUGCGGCGUCCAGCCUCCCGCAUCCCUCAGACAGAAACACUCUACCUGUGUUCAGAAUAGGGGACAAUGGAACAUGCCGGUCCUCCGAGGGGAGAGUCGGGGGCCCCAUCCCCAGAAGUCAGUGGUGUGUCCAGCUGACCAGACCUCGGCUGCCAGGUCAGGACGUGACUCUGACGCUCCCUCCAGCGGUGACCCGUGCGCCCCGAGGGUCAUCAUCCUGCGCCCUGAGCUUUAUUUCAUGAAGUGAGGGGUGGACAGAUCCUUCUCCAGAAAUCACCCGACCACCAGGCGAACGAACGUCACCUUCCUCCAAUAAAUGAGAUCUUCAUACAGAAACA